UAAACACUACCAGUGUUAAUGAGUGUCCACUUCUACAAGUUAGCAGAGGGUCUGAGAGAAGAGGAAAGAGGAAGGGCUGUUAAUUCACUCUCUUCUGUCUGUGUGCAGAGUCUGCUUUGGGUCACUCCCUCCAUCUCCUAAAAGAAGUCUACAACUUCCACUUAAGUCUGAGCUUCUUCCUCCUCUUCGCAGCCUGUGUGCGGCACUCGUGAGGCACCCAAACCUGUUCGGAUCCGCUGGAUUUCUUUUUUGACUUUUACAUUUUUGUUUUAAUCUGAUAAUAUUAUCAUCAUCAUCAUCGUUGUCAUCAUCAUCUUGCCCACUUCACCGUUUCAUUCUCUGAAUUGGCAGUUGCGGUCCAGUGUGACUGAGUGAAGAUGUACCUGGAGAAUAAGAGUAAUAUUGAGGUGGAGAUGUCUCAAACCGGAGGCCAGGGUCACUCCAGCAGGGUAGGCUGCAGGAAGUCUGACACUGUGGCUGGGAACUUUGAUGAGCUUCGUCUGCUGGAGGGAUUCUCAGGGAAGAUAGAGACACAGAAAUCGCUGCAGGCUGCAGCCAUGCCCUCGGGAAACUGCAUAAUCUACACUGACGUCCAUCAAGAUGAUAGGCACAGCUUCAGCAUGGUAAACCUCCUCAAAGACAAAUCCAACCAAGCCAACCACACAGAACGGUCACCCCUUCUCAAGUUCCCCCAAAAUGACAGUAUAACUUACAUGACACUGCAUGAGCCAAGCCUGGGGUCUGGAGAGGAAUCAUGGGAGGCAAGCUCUGCUGAAUUGGAGAGGAGGUGCAGGCUGGGCAGCGAGGUGACCAGUCUCUCCCACAUCACAUCCAUGGAGAAAUGUGAACAUUACUUCAAACUGUCAUUUCCCAUCAGGCACUGCUUAAGGACAACAAAAAUCAUCACCAUCUUCAUCAUUGUUGUUCUGUGUUCACUGUUCUUCAGCAUGUAUCCUGACAGGGAAAGCCCCUGGAGGAUGCUGGCAGUCUCAUCCACCGAGAGCUUCUCUAUGAAUCUUACUGAUUUUCGUGACAACUCCCUGCUGAAGCUGCAGGUUGGUGGGCCGUUUUUGGGGGGGAUGGAGGCAGUACAAGAAGCCCAGGAGUAUAUUCUGAUCCAGGUGGAGCAGACUGAAGAGGCGGGGUCUCGCCGGAGAAGAACUCAGCAGGUGCUUUAUAACUGGACUAUACCAUUGCAUUCCCAACGAAGUGACCAAAUUCUGAGAACAAGGACAUUCGAAAUGGUUAGCAGCGCUCAUAUUCUGAUCAGUGUGCAGGCCUUUCUGUUAGACAGUCAGGUGGUUCCUCUGUCCAUGACUCACCAGUCACUCUAUGUAACCGUGGAAACACAGGUGCUUAUCGCCGGAUUGAUCCUGGCAGGAGUCUAUGUGCUCAUCAUCUUUGAGAUUGUUCACCGCACUCUGGCUGCAAUGUUAGGAUCCCUGGCUGCUCUGGCAGCACUGGCUUUCAUUGGAGAUAGGCCGAGUCUGAUGACUGUUGUAGAAUGGAUCGACUAUGAAACUCUCGCAUUGCUGUUUGGAAUGAUGAUACUGGUGGCAAUAUUCUCUGAGACCGGUUUCUUUGAUUACUGUGCAGUGAAGGCGUAUCAGUUAUCACGAGGAAGAGUGUGGCCCAUGAUUAUGAUUCUGUGCCUAAUUGCGGCCGUUCUGUCAGCCUUUCUUGAUAACGUCACAACCAUGAUGCUCUUCACCCCUGUUACAAUCAGGUUAUGUGAAGUGCUCAAUCUGGACCCCAGGCACGUCCUGAUUGCCGAGGUCAUCUUCACUAACAUCGGAGGAGCUGCCACAGCUGUUGGAGAUCCACCCAAUGUCAUCAUCGUAUCCAAUCAGGAUCUGCGGAAAAAAGGGAUUGACUUCGCGGCCUUUACGGGUUACAUGUUCCUGGGAAUCUGUCUGGUGCUGCUGACCUCAUUUCCUUUUUUGAGAAUGCUGUACUGGAAUAAGAAACUUUACAACAAAGAAUCCAGCGAAAUCGUGGAACUGAAGCAUGAGAUUCUGGUGUGGAGGCAGACAGCCCAUCGCAUUAACCCUGCCAGCCGAGAGGAGACGGCCGUCAAGUGUCUUCUGAUGCAGAAGGUGCUCAAUCUGGAAAGCCUCCUACACAAGAAGCUCAAGACCUUCCAGAGGCAAAUAUCACAGGAAGACAAAAACUGGGAACACAAUAUUCAAGAGCUGCAGAAAAAGCACAGAAUAACUGACAAAAUCCUUCUGGUCAAGUGUCUGACUGUCCUUGGGGUGGUCAUCUUUAUGUUCUUCCUGAACUCCUUUGUCCCUGCCAUACAUCUGGAACUGGGUUGGAUCGCUAUCUUGGGGGCUCUGUGGUUACUGGUGCUGGCUGACAUUCAGGACUUUGAAAUCAUUCUUCACAGAGUGGAAUGGGCCACCCUGUUGUUCUUCGCUGCUCUGUUUGUGCUUAUGGAGGCCCUAGCACAUCUGCAGCUCAUCGACUACAUCGGGGAGCAGACAGCAGUGUUGAUAAAAGCAGUGCCAGAGGACGAGCGGUUGGCCAUCGCCAUCAUUUUGGUCAUGUGGGUCUCAGCACUGGCCUCCUCUCUUAUAGACAACAUUCCCUUCACUGCCACUAUGAUUCCUGUGCUUAUAAACCUCAGUCAAGAUGCAGAUGUCAACCUACCAAUUAAACCUCUCAUUUUUGCAUUGGCUAUGGGUGCUUGCCUUGGAGGAAAUGGAACACUGAUUGGAGCAUCUGCAAAUGUAGUGUGUGCUGGGAUUGCUGAACAGCAUGGUUAUGGAUUUUCCUUCAUGGAGUUCUUCAGGUUGGGCUUCCCUAUGAUGCUGAUGACCUGCACGAUAGGCAUGUGCUACCUUCUCGCAACUCACAUCGGGCUUGGCUGGAACACAUAAAUGUUCCAUAUACCUACAGUAUAUGGGGAAACAAAAAGACUUUGGGUGUGUCUGCAGUUUACAUUUGAGUGUGUGUGUUUGUGUUUUGAAUGACACAUCUGUUGUUCUUGGAAGGAUCCAUGAAGACUUAAACUUUUUAGACCUGGUUCAACCUGAGUAACUUUUCUUUACAUGCAGGAGAGACCAUGAGAAACCAUGGGAACAUCUGAUCAUCUGCUGUAUUCCUACAGGUGUAUCACACUGCUAUGGUGCUACUGCUCAUUUGUGAUAAUGCCAAGACAUUUUUUAUAUAUUUGCCCAAAAAUAAGAAAACCAGAUUUUUUGUUGUUGUUGUUGUUGUAAAAAUGCAGAUCUGCUUGUUUUAUUUGGUGAAGUCAGAUUUUUUUUUUUUUUUUUUUUUAGUUUAAAAUUCCCUUUUUGAGACAUCUUCCAAAAGGGAUCCUCUGUGGCCCACUAUUGUUUCUAGAAAUCUUAAAAUUGUACAGUUUACAUCAUUUACCAUAUUCAGAAAAUCUAAAAUAAUGAUAUGCAUGUAGUUAUCCAUUGAUUUCAGAGAAAAAUUUGACCCACCAAUGUCUGCAUAUAAAAUUUUAAUGAGAGAAGUGUAAUUUGCACGACAUGUACAGUAGUUGGGUGACACUUUCUAAUUAUGAUGACUGGAUCUAAAAUGAAUGGUAUUCAUAAUGCCUUUUAAUGCACCUUAUAAUAAAAAUGUAUGGUGUAAAUAAUUGUAACCACAUUUGUAAUACAUUAUAAUGCUUGCUUAAACAUUGAACACAAAAAAACUGUGUGUUUAAUGCUUUAUGGUGAAUAGUGAAAGGUAAAUAUUAAUUGUGGUUACGGUUGUUUACAGUAUGAAUGUCAGUACCUUUAUAUAAACGAAGACCUCUAUAGUGCAUUAUAUAGUGCAUGCUUAUAGGACACAUGGAAAGUGUUACUGUUGUGGGUGUUUUGGAUUUUGGUUCGAUCAUUGUGUUCAGUCACUGUUUGUUUGCUUCAACAAGAAAUUCUUGCAUCUGAUUGCAAGGAGAGAGUUUAUGUAAUCAAUAAUGCAUUAUAUGUGUUUUAAUCAGUUCCCACUAUUUUUUUUUAUUCAGUCACUUCAGCUCUGACCUAAUUAAACAUUGCUAUAACAAU